UCGCUUUUUAAAAUCCCAAACUCUCCACAUCUUUCCCUCUCCAGCUCUGGUCCAGCUCCGCUCCAUCCUCGUCUCCACCUCGUCUCUGCGCGCUCCGCCGGGCGGGACGCACUCAUCUCCGGGCGCAGCAGCCUCUCCCCCUCGCUCUCUAUUGAACACUGAAAUACAAACCGGAAACCAAACUUUUUUUUCUUCGAGCUUUUGCACAGUUGUUGGAGUAAAUGAGCGACAGAGACGCAGGAGGCGCGUCAGGCAGUGUCACGAACUGAAAAACUUUGCACAGUUCCUUAUUUUACGCAGUAAUUUUUAGGACUUUUCGGAGAUGAGUCCAGCGCCCAUCAGCCUCCAGCGGAGAAGAGAAGAGUUUGCAGCCGGGAUAGAGGCGUGAGAGAGCGGCCACGUCGAGCGAAUUCAGCCCCGAAUAACGGACUUUAUCAUGGAAGACAAAGAGGACCCGACCCCGAACACCAGACCCGGGUUCCAGGGAAAGUCCGGCUGGGUGAAGAAGGCCCACGGUCGAGUCCUGUCCAGCUACAAAGAGCGUUACAUCAGCGUGGGCAGGACCGAGAUCAUGGUUUACGAGAACGAGGACCAGAAGAAUUGCCUGGAGCGAGUGGAUCUGGAAAACUACGACAAAUGCCACGAAAUGAAAAGUGGUUUUAAGAGAAAGCACAGACUGGUCCUGCUACGAUCCCCCAAAGCCACAAACAAGGUCCAUGAUAUGAAGUUCCAGGCUCCGUCGGCCGAGGAGAAGGAAGCCUGGAUCAAAGCUCUGUGUGACGGCAUCAACCGAGCCAAGAACAAAAUAUUUGACGAGAUCACAGUGGACCAGAGCAGUAACUUGGAGCACGUGACCCGAUCCAGACCCAAAGGGAACAGAACCCGCCGCCCCCCGACUCGCAUCCACAUGAAAGAGGUUGCAGACGUUUCCUCUGACGGGAUCCUGCGUCUGGACCUGGAUCUUGAAAACGCUGUGAUGCCCAAUGGGACGCAGUCGUCUUCUUCUUCUGCUGUGGAUGGAGCUCAGAACCUUAAAGCAUCAACCCCCUCGCCGUCCUCCAGUGAAACGACUGCAGACAAACCGCUGUCCGCCAUCACAGAGGAAGAAGACCAGGAUCAUAAACCGACUAAAGCCCUCACACCUCCAACGCCCCCCCAGACCGCCACCGAGGAUGGGACAGGGGGGGAGGAGCCAGAGAAGACUGUGAAGCCACCAGCAUCUCCAUCUAAAGAUGAAGAGCAGAGUGACACGAAAAUGACCAAAACCCCUGAAACGAGUCCAGAUCCCAAGAAGAAAAUGCCCCCAAUGCCUCCAAACAAACCAUUACUGUCAAUAAUCGUUCCCCGAGACCCAUCCCCAACCCCGACCCCACCUAAGACCCCAGCACACCCUCCCACUCCCCCAAGCAAAACGAAGAAACCCAGCACAUCUACUGAAACCAACCAGGAAGCGAGUCCAAAUGAGGAGAAAAAGGACACGGAGAAAGAUAACGAAUCCCAAGACGUCGCCCCAACGCUUGAAAUUAGUCAAAAACUGUCACUUAAACCAGAGCACCUCCCGAAAUCAGACGCGAAUGUCGAAGCAGACGAGUCAAAGGCGCAUAUCCCGGUCGUCGUAGUGUCUCUCAACGACUCCCAGAGCGUUAACCUGAGUCCGCUGCUCGGACAUAGACAAGGGGACGAUAACGGUAAGAAGGCGGAGGAGAAAUCGGUAGAUAGUGGUCAACAUUCAGACGACAACAGUGAGGAUUCUACUUCUGAAGACGCUUUGCAAAUGAGGGAUAGCAACAGCGGUUUGGAUGAGCUGGACAGCAAAGGCAGCACCGGAGCAGUGUCCGUCGGUUUGAAACAACAAAUAUGUCCGUCGAAGGGGUUUAUGACCUGGAAUACGAAACCGCCGACCCCGAUUAAACCCGAGGCGAAAGUGCGAUCGUUCUCAAGCGGGAAUCUCCUGUACGAUUCUUGCGACGACAUCGGAGGAGGUAAGAGGUUGGAAAACAAGGAAACGGAUGUGAAGAAAUUGGAAAACGAGGUUGCUAUGGAGAUGGAGGAUACGAGCAAGCUACUGAGCAGAGCGUCGCAAGCACAGACUCUCCCGAAAGGAGGCAAAAACCCGGAAAAGCUGCUGGCCGAAGCGUUGGAGAAACUGAAGAAGGCAGAUCAUGUGCUCAGAGAGGUCAAGAAGCUUAAACUGGCGAGAGACGAGACCCAUAGGAAGAGCUGGUGAUAAUAUUAAGACACUUUGAAGCAGAUCGGGUCGGUGGUACAAGAAAAACUCGCCAAUGUGUUUGUCCGUCCGAUGAUCUCCAUGGCAACUGAGCAGCGAUUCGAAAAUGCUACGGAAGCUUUUUCUGAUGCAAAACAGGCUAUGGAAGACAGCAGCACUUAAUAUGGAUAAAACUAGUGUUUCGUUUGAACUGUAUCUGAGGAGACAGACCUACAAAUUCAGUUAAAGCUACAGUAUGUAACUUUUUCGCCAAAAAUUAGCUAAAGUAAAAGCAGAUUUUUACAUUUUUUGUGUUUAUUGCCACUGAAAGAAAUUAAAAAACGCAUCUCCUCAAACAAAACCUGCUUGUUUCCAUGGGUUUGAACUUGCACCGUAUGGUACAGAAUCGGUUUCCAUGGAGAAAAUUCUGAAGUAGUGUUUUAACUGUGUAUUUCCAUGGAAUCAUGCAGGUGAUGGGCCACCUCCAGAAAGUUACACACUGUAUCUUUAAAACUGAAUUGAGAAUAGAGUUUGGCUGUGUUAAAGGUCCUGUAUGACGCUGUUUUCUGAUCUUUUCUAAUGUUGUUUCCUCAUCAGAAACAGACCUGAAGGUGUGUUUUUCUCCGUUCCACCUUGUGAUGUCAUUAUGUGGUAGACCAGGAAGUGCUCCACUGUGUUUUUAAACUCCAUACACCUUCACUAGAAUCAUUUGGAUCAUUUCAGACCCGGAAUUGCCACUUAUCUCUACUAAACUAAAGGUAAAAGGAGCUGUUAACUUGAAAACUACCACUUGAUGACAUCACAAGGUGGAACAGAGCAUUUUGACACAACUCCAGGUCUGUUUUUGGUGCACUAACAACAUUAGAACAUGACUUAAAGCCCAUAAGAGUCCAUUUUGUGUCAUACAGGACCUUUAAGGUACUAGAGGGCAUUGAGCAAUUAAAAACUUAAUAUUAGCAAUACAAAGUUAUUAGCGUCAGACGUAAAUGACUGGAAUUUUUUUUAGGCUUUUUACAUGUGGACUUGUUAGCAUGGCCUUAAUGUAGCUUUAAUACUGUUUAUUCUUUUAUAGCAACAUGACUCUGCUACUGCAAGUCCAACUAGGCUCAUCUGGUCUGAUCAUUUAUUUUAAUUCAGCCUUUUUCCAGACAAAGGUUGAGUUUGUUUUCAUCCCUGACAGUUUGGAGCUCACUAGCGCCUCACAGUGGUCACGUGAUGUUACUGCGAUGUGUAGGUAGGAAGACGACGCCAAAACCUGUUUAAAUCAGCUGAACGGACAAGCCAUAGCAAUAGACUGUAUAUAUAAAUGGACAUAGCUAACCUGCUUUCCAAACAGUAAGUGAUCAUAGAUGCGCUUCUGGUUUCAGUUCGCUUUCUAUUGAAAAACUGUCCCCUCUCUCUGUAACUGCUACUGUCAGACUCGUCAUUUUGGUGUUAAAUGUUCGUAUUAAUCCGCUCUACAUGAUCCUGGGGUUUUUAUUUCACUAUUGUGUCUGUAAAUCAAGAUAUGAACAUUAAUAACAGACAAAUCAGGCGCCUUCUUUCCAAGGUCACUCCCACUAGCGUUAGCCACACCAUGGAUUGAUCACGUUGCUACGCUCCCGCUCCCUGCUAUACCAGCGAUGUGGGCGGGAAGGGACGUUACCUUCAACAGCCUUGCUCCUGAUUGGCUCUUUGGUUGCUAUGAUACUCACGAUUGUCUCCAAAUGAGCCGCUAUAACUGCUAGCCUCAAUGAGCUUAAUUUGGAGCUGAAGCUGUGGUUGACAUCACAAUCACUUUGUCACGUCUUUUUCACAGUCCGUGGGUCGCAGUAACAUCAUGUGACCACUCUGAGGUGAUAGUGAGCCAUCCAAACUGUCAGGGAUGGAAAUAAACUAAACCUUGGUCUGGAAAUCGACUGUAUUAACAUAAAUGUGCUACUGCAGGUUUGUCAGAUAUUAAUAAUGAAGUAAUGUAACUAAAAGAGCUAAUGGUGAAACAGUUUGUUUUACAGUGAGAUGUUUGAGGGAUUCUGCUGGUUCUGCACAUUGACGUCUUUGGCCACUAUUUUAGCUUUUUUUUACUGCAAUGAGUUAAUGUUUCAUGUUUACCGACUUAGCUCAGGAUUUGAAAUGAAAUAAAGAACGAAUCAUGUGAAUAACAGAGGGAACGAUUAGAUUAGUGACAAAACUGUUGGAUAUUGUUUCGUAUUAUAAUAAAUGGCUAAAUAACAAUGUGGAAACUCAAAUGUAAUUUUUUUUUCUAAAUAAACAAAAUGCUUCUAAUGUCAUUAAAUGUACAAUUAUCGUCUAACUGUUUUUGUAACUAACUGCAUUUUGUAUCUUUCAUACAAAUCUUGUAUCGCCCAAAUAAACAUGGGGAAUCUGU